AUGUUGCCAGUGAUCGAAACCAAUCAAAUCGUCAAGCGGCCAGUGGUAUACUUACCACACCACGGUGUAAUUAAGGAAACAAGUGCAGAUAACGCUGAGGAUGCGAUUCUACUGCAGGAACAGCUCACGGCAAUGCUGAAAUCCGGAGGAUUUCAGGCACACAAAUGGUGCUCCAACUGCUCAGAAGUAUUGAAGAAAAUAUCUCCGCAUUUGAGAGAGGAUAUAUCCAAUCUUAGCAUUGGCUCAAACGAUACAAUUAAAACACUCGGAAUCAAAUGGAGGCCCAAGGAUGAUCAAUUUCAAUUCUUCGUUCAUGGAAUGGAAGCAGCUAAGACCAAGUGUGAGAUUCUGUCAGCAAUUAGCAAGCUAUUUGAUCCACUCGGUCUCAUAGGACCUGUAAUAACGACAGCGAAGAUCAUCAUGCAGACAACUUGGCGAACCGAAUGCCGAUGGGACGAGUCGCUGCCAGCUAAUAUCGUAGAAAAAUGGGAACAAUUCCAGAAGGAUCUAAGUACAGCCGAGACGGUUCUCAUCCCAAGACGAAUCAUUCCAAGUGAAGCCAUAACAAGCAUAUAUCUACAAGGACUUUGCGACGCAUCCGAGAACGCAUAUGGAGCGUGCUUGUACGUUCAGACCAAGGACGAGCGCGGCGUACUAAAAUCCAGACUAUUAUGUUCUAAAUCACUGGCGCCGAUUAAGCCGACAUCUAUACCCCGAUUGGAGUUAUGCAGCGCGGUUCUGCUCGCUCAUUUAAUUACGGAAGUUAGACGAAAUUUAAAUGUAAACAUCGAUGGCAUACAAGCCUGGACAGAUUCUCAGGUAGUACUAUGGUGGAUUCGUAGUGACGCGGCACGAUGGAAACCCUUCGUAGCGCAUCGCGUUGCCGAAAUCGUCGAGUUGUUGCCGGCCAAACAUUGGAACCACGUAAAGGGCACGGAAAAUCCCGCAGACAUAAUUUCACGAGGUACAACUCUGCGCCAACUUAAAAACUCCAGGCUGUGGUGGUCGGGACCGCACUGGUUGCAAGAAGAAGCUCUAUCCGAUUCUGGAAAUAUUGAAAUAGUCGAGCUGACAAACGAAAUGUCCGAAAAAAUCCAAAUAGAGGAACGAAAAAACGCGCGAAUCUGCGCAAUU